CCACCAGCGCAUCCACACCGGGGAGAUGCCCUACAAUUGUGGAGAAUGCGGGAAGAGCUUCAAUGACAGGUCCAACCUCCUCAGUCACCAACGCAUCCACACUGGGGAACGGCCCUACAAGUGCUUGGAAUGUGGGAAGAGGUUUAGGACCACCUCACAUCUCCUCAGGCAUGAGCGGACGCACACGGAUGAGAGGCCCUUCCGCUGCACCGACUGCGGGAAGGGCUUCAACCUGAACUCCAACCUUAUCACCCACCGGCGCAUCCACAGCAGGGAGAGGCCCUACAAGUGUGGGGAGUGUGGGAAGACCUUCCCCCACAGCUCUACCUUGACCAAACACCAACGGACCCAACAGUAA